AUUUAGAAUCGAGAAUGCAAAUUUGGUUUAAUAGUUUUCCUUUUAUAAUUUAAUAUUUGUGGUUAGUAUUUGUUUAAUAUUGGUUACUUUUCGAACUCAUUUGUCAAGGAACUAGAAUCUGAAUUGAACAUGGCGUAGAUUCUUUGAAUCUUUUCAUAGAGGUUUCAUACUAGUUCUAUUAUAUUUCUUAAGAAUAAUAUAAUAAUUCGGAUGAAAAAGAGGUUGGGCAAGUAAGGCAAAGAAUUGCCUUGUCGGAGAGGCCAGUGUCCUAAGAGUAAUGCUAAACCUUAAGUCCUCGUCUUGCGGCUUGAAGCUUUCUAAAGCAACUUCACCGCCUCAACAUUGAAUCCUUAUUGUAUUUGUUUUAAACCCUGGUCUAGAGACCCCUCCCAGCCAAAACCAUAUUUCUGAAAUCUUAAACUUUAGUACGAUAAUGGGAAGAUCACCAAUGGUUCCCAUGGCUGUUUUUGUCUAUGUUUCUCUACUGUUCUCUAUUUCUUAUUCCUCGUUCGUCAUCACGAAUAACUGUCCCUUUACUAUUUGGCCCGGUACUCUUUCAGGCUCUGGCACCCAACCACUACCCACCACGGGUUUCAGGCUUGAUGUGGGACACUCUGUUAAGAUUCCCUCGGUUCUAGGCUGGUCAGGUCGGAUAUGGGCUAGGACCGGCUGCAACUUUGAUGCUAACGGCGCGGGGAAAUGUAAGACUGGUGACUGUGGUGGGAAGCUGGAGUGUGCUGGUAAUGGUGCUGCUCCUCCUACAUCACUUUUCGAGAUUACGCUCGGUCACGGUUCUAGUGACAAAGAUUUCUACGAUGUUAGUCUCGUUGAUGGGUAUAACCUCCCCAUAGUUGCUAUCCCAACAGGUGGUGGCCUAGUUGGAGCUUGUAAUGCUACAGGUUGUGUUGCCGAUAUCAACGUUAGCUGUCCAAAGGAGCUUCAAGUGAUGGGAGAGGAAGAGCAAGAAAGAGGAGGAGGAGUUGUCGCUUGCAAGAGCGCUUGUGAAGCCUUUGGAUUAGAUCAGUACUGUUGCAGCGGUCAGUUUGCUAACCCAAACACGUGCCGGCCGUCCUCAUACUCUACCAUCUUCAAGAGAGCUUGUCCUAGGGCUUAUAGCUAUGCCUUUGAUGAUGGAAGCAGUACUUUCACUUGCAAGGCUUCUGAAUAUGCCAUUAUCUUCUGCCCUGGCAGGGUAAAAAGACCAAGCAGCCAAAACUCGGAUCCCCCUAGCCAGCCUCAGACUCCAUACGGACAACCUGUGGCUCCUCCGACCCAGAAUCCAUACGGUCAACCAACGACUCCCCCGACUCAGAAUCAGUAUGGUCAACCAUUGGCUCCACCAACUCAGAAUCCGUAUGGUCAACCUAUGGCUCCACCAACUCAGAAUCAGAACCCGCCUGGACCAAACCAGAAUCCAAUGACUCCACCUCAGAAUCAAAAUGGGAAUGGGCAGUUUGUGAUGCCUCCUCCCAGUGUAAACCAAGCUCCAAAUGACCAGUUUAUGAAUCCGCCAAUGGAGGAUGAGAGUCAAAGAGCUGAAACUGGGAGGGUUGCCAAGAGCCCAUCCUCGUCUGACGUUCUUCGACCUUACCCUGUCUUACUUCUUCUUGGCCUCGGUCUAACUGCUUUGAGGCAAUCGUGUGCGACUUGAAUCAUCACUAUUUUUUUUUUAUGAGAACCGGAAGGAAUUAAAAAUGUCAUGUUCAAUGUCUUCCCCGAGAUUCUGAACUUUAUUCAUCAAAGUCCUUUUUAUUACCUUGAA